GUAUACUUAAAUAGUAGUAAUUAAUAAUCAGAAACAUGCUAUUCAAUUUCAUUUAAUCAUAAUAAUUCACUUAUGAUUUCUGGAUGUAGUAAUUUUAUUAAAUUAUGGGAAUUUAAAGCUGGAUAAUUAAAUCUGAUCAGAAAUUUAGAAGGACAUCAAGACAUUGUUACCUAUUUGUUAUUCAGUAGUAAUUCAAAUAAUUUUGUUUCUGGUUCAUUAGAUGGUCACUUAAAAUGUUGGUCUUAUCUUUAGCAAAAUUAAUUAAAAUAAUCAAAAACUUAUGAAUUCCAUGAAAAAGGAAUAAGCUGUAUAAUUAUGAAUAAAAAAGAAAAUUUAGUAUUUACAAGUGAUAUGGAAAAAUAAAUUAUAAUAUGGGAGGCAGAUUUGAGUAGCAAUUAUUUAUCUAUUCAUCAAGUAUUAGAUAAUCAUAAUAAAUAAGUUAAUGCACUCAGUCUCAAUGAAUCUGAAACUAUAUUGGUUUCUUGUGGUUUAGAUAAGUUAAUUAUAAUAUGGUAAAAAGUAUAAGAUCAAUGGACAUAUAAAAGAAAUGUUAAUUUAUAAGCUUAUGAUUUUGGAACCAGAAUUAAAUUUAUCAAUAAUGAUAGAUUUAUAUGGGUUUCAGGAUUAGUGAAUGGAUAAGAUUUUGUAUUCGACUAUUAAUUUAAUCUUUAGAAUGAUACUAUACAGAAAAGGAAUAAGUCAAUCUUGUCAGAAAAAGAUUUGAAGGAUAGCCUUUUCUUCCCUAUUUUCUUAAAUAAAGAAAAAAAUAUUGUUGUAAUAAAACACAAAAUUUAUAUUUAUUUAUAUUAAAAAGAUGAUCAAGGUUUAUUGAAUUCACUACAUCUAAAGAAACUAAAUACUAAUGAAACAUAUGGAGCAAUAACAAGUGAUGGCUAAUAUUUAGUCACUUGGGAUUAAUCAAAAUUAAGAUAUGAAGUUUCUAAAAUUAUAAUUUGA